AUGGAAGUGGUUGCUAUUAUUCUAGGUUUGAUCUCAACAGUGAUCGCCAAUGCCGUUUCAGAUGCACCACUAAGAUUGUGGUUCGAUCAACAGGAUUUUACUAUCACUCUGAAAAGUCAUCUGAAUUUGUCGCUAUGGGUAGAAGGGUCCACUGAUAAAAAUGUGUCGAUACAAUUUCUAGCUAGUGAGCAGUCUUGCCUUGAAGUCGUACCGAACGGGGUCGAUAUUCGAGAAAACCGUUCGAUUGAAAAGGAAUUGGUUUCAGUGAGCGUUACCGGAAAUUGUCCAGGAAGAUACAUUCUGAAGGGCUCCGUGAAACCGAAAGACGCUGUUAACGAUGAUCGUCUAUUCGUUCGUUUGAAAGUUGCCCUCAAUAAACCACUGAUCUACAUCUCUUUGCUAAUAGGCUGGACCUAUACGGCUUGUUGGUCCUCUGGCUACUAUCCACAGAUAUGGCUUAACUACAGGAAAAAGAGCGUGGUGGGCUUGAGUUUUGACUUUCUUCACAUCAACAUUGAAUACUUCCGAAGGCAUCCUUACGGGUUAAAUCCGGUCAUUGGGAAUGAUGUUGGUUUUGCGGUUCACGCUUGUUUCGCAACCGGACUGACUAUUCUCCAAUGCUACAUCUACGAAAACGGUGGGAACACUGUCUCCAAUACUGCCAAAACAAUAAUCGGGACAUACUUCGUCAUCAUCGGCGUCACCUUGUGGGUGGCCCUUUUUGGAUCUUUCCACUGGUUGGAUUUUUUGUACGUCUUAAGCUACAUCAAGCUGUCCACUACCUUGGUGAAGUAUUUUCCACAAGCCUUCAUUAACUAUCGGAGAAAAAGUACCGAAGGAUUUUCCAUCAUGAAUCGAUUGCUGGAUAUUGCCGGCGGGCUUUUCGGAAUACUGCAAAUGGUCAUCAAUGCGUGGAAUUUCGGUGAUUGGCAUUCCAUUUUGGGAGAUCCGGUUAAAUUUGGCCUGGGGCUGUUCUCGAUUCUCUUCGAUUUGGUAUUUAUUGUUCAACAUUAUAUUCUAUACAGAAAGCCUCGCAAACCGAAGGUCAGCGAAACUGUCACUUUUCUGUACCACGACUCCGGUACGAAAUGAGCGAGUUUCAGAGUUUAUAACUAAAAACAUCCUUUCCAGUCG